UCAGUCACCACAUCGAAGAGGAAGACACUUUUUGCACCUGUUCGAAGCUUGUGGUAAAACCAGUGGGAACUACUAGUGCGCGAGUGUACAAGAAAAUGAACGAACACAACUCACAAUCAGUCAAAGGUGAAUGGCAAAAGCGUAAAGAUGGCAACGGCGUCAAAGCCCUCGGGACCGACCGGCACUACUCGGAAAUCAUACGAUUGUGUCGCGCUCCUUGUUCGCCUUAGUGGUUGAUAGGCCUAGUAACGCCGAAGCCUUGGUCGCGUUGACGACCUCCAACCAAAACAAUAAACAAAAUACAAAUGGUUGUAAAUUAAAAUACAAUAGUAAAAUAAAGCAAAUGGCUGGAAAAGUACGGCAUUUGUAUUCAGUUUAGUGAUUCAUUUGGGGUUAGAUGCGCUAACACACAAAACUUCUAGCUCUAGUUAAUGCAAACGUGAGAGAAGUGGUGUUUAAAAAGCUUUCACUUUCUUUUUUGAUUUUAAAAAAUCCACUCCUGACAUCGCAAAAGUUGACGUGUAUUUAAACAUACAAAAAAAAAUAAAUAAAAAUAAACACAACGUAGUCUCUAAUCUCUAGCCUUUUGAAAGCCGCAUCUUUAUCAAUGACUGAGUCUAAAAAAACUGAAAACGUAAAACCUUUGGAUGAAAUAAUUUAUCCAGAAAUCGAGCCUGGCAUAAUUAGCAAACAAAUGAUUGACAAAGCUUAUCUGGAGGAUGGCAAACAAGGCGAAGAAGCACGUCUUCAUCAAAUGGAACCCGUGGUAUAUGAACGCAUUUCCGUCUUAAGGUUGGAGUUUAAAAAUAUCUUACGAAUAGACCAUCUCUGGAUAAUGCCAAAUUUAACGAAACUCUCUCUAAAUAGUAAUAAAAUCGAGGUUAUUGAACACAUCGAUAUGUUGACUUCCCUAAAAGAACUCGAUUUGAGUUUUAAUUACAUCGAACGUAUUGAAAAUAUUAAAAAACUCGUAAACCUCGAAGUAUUAACACUUUUUAGAAAUAUGAUAACGAAAAUUGAAAACUUGGAUACUUUGGAGAAAUUGGUCAUACUAAGUUUGGGCGACAACAAAAUCCACUCCACUGAAGGGAUCGAAAGAUUUCGCUUCUUGAAAGACCUCCGCGUACUGAAUCUGGAGGGUAAUCCUGUCGGAAAGAAACCCGAUUUCCAAAUGAAUCUUUACGUUGCGGCCGUACUGCCAAGUGUAAAAUAUUACGAAUAUAAAACAAUCACAGAAGAGUUGCGUCAAAAGGGCAAGGAAAAAUAUUACCGCGAACUGCGGGAAAUCGAAGCUAAUGAAGAGAAAGAGAUACUAGCGCGCGCUGCUAAGGCUAAGGAGGAAUAUGAUGAGCAACGCUUGGCUUCCAGCUUUGUAGAAUACCUCAACGAGCAUCAAUUGUACGAAUCUUUGUGGAAAGGAGACGAAGAUGGACAUGCAUUGCUACAGAUUGGUCAGGCAGCUACUGAUCUGGCCGACGAAUAUGACAACGAUAUCUAUGAUGUGACUCAAGAGAUAUAUAAAUAUGGUUUGGAACGAUAUGAGGAACGUGAAUUAGAAAUAAAUGAGUUUAAAGAAAAUUUGGAAGAAGGUCAGAAGUUGAUACAACAAAUGGGCCAAGAUGUUAUCGAGGACUUUCUACACCAUAAAGAUCGAGUUUUUGAUCGGGCAUCUGCUAUACUAAAAGCACUAGAACUACGAACCGUUCGUGGAGAGGACGAAGAAUCCCCCGAGAGUUUAGAAUUAUUGGAACAGUUCGAUAAAAUUACAAUGCAAUUCGAUGAUACCAUCAAUGAAAUAUGGCAGCAAUUAAUGAGUCAAGAACUGCACUUACAUGAAAGCAUUGAGGAGUCUACAGUGAAUUUUCAACGUCGCAUACAAGAAAUGAUGGCAAAAUUUGUGGAGCAGGUACAAACAUAUUUCGGGCAACUACGCGAUAUUGCCAUUCAUUUUUCUGAAAAUAUGGCCGAGGUAGCCACUCACUACGUCAACACCAAAUUAGCGCUGCAAGAUUUUGAUGAUGUGCCACCAGAAUUAUUGCAUUGCAUGGAAGAUCGUGAAGCUGUACUAAAUUUAAUAGCUGGCAUGAAAGAUUCACACAUACAACGUAUUGAUGAGCGAGAGGAUCGACUGAUGGUACGAAGCAGAGACUUCAUAGAAAACAUGAUCGAUGAGCUGAACAAUGACGAAUUGGAGCGCAAUAGAGCUAAAAUUCUUGAAAUUAACUCUUUUCUCGAACUGAUGGCCGAAUCUUUGGCAUCAUUGCAGAGUGAGAUCCGUGAUGAAGUAAUGAAUGAAGAAGCGUAAAAUACAAGGGAGUAUAUCAGUUUUAUUAGUUAAAAAUCCAUUAUACAAAACUAUAAUAAUAAAAAUUAUCAAAAUUUAAAAACAUACAAAUAUAGUUCAAA